UAAUUCUUUUAUAUUUACGACGCAUUUAAGAAAUAACCUCACAUUUCAGUUUCACGUUUUUGUUGUAAUAAUUCUCCAAACACAUUUUAAAAAAUGGAAAACAAAGGUAUAAUAUACGUUGGACACCUUCCACACGGUUUUUAUGAAGCCGAAUUAAAAUCUUAUUUCAAUCAAUUCGGAAAAGUGACGAGGUCAAGAGUUGCGAGGUCUCCAAAAACUGGAAGAAGUAAAGGUUAUGGUUUUAUUGAGUUUAAACAUGAAGAAGUCGCAAAAAUUGCUGCGGAGACGAUGAAUAAUUAUUUGAUGUUUAAACGGAGAUUGAUUGCGAAAGUGAUUGCUAAUGGGGAAAAGGUGAAGCGUAUUUUUAAGGGACAAGCGUGGAACACAAAAAGUUAUUCUGGGAAAGUUAAACGUGCAAAGGAAAUUAAACAAUUAAAUGCAUACGGAAAAGGUGAAAAAAAUAUAAAUAAAAGAGUUAAGAAUAUUAAAAAGAAAAUUGAGGACUUAAAAAAGAUGGGCAUUAAACAUAAGGUUAAAAUAAAUGGAAAUGAAAACAAAGAUAAACUUAAUUUAAAAUAAUUCUUUUUAAAAAUAAAAUAAUUAAAAUGGA